AUGGGGUUUGGGUCGCAGCUGCUGCUGUUGAUGUGGAAGAACUAUACUCUCCGCAAGAGGCAAAAAGUUCGACUGUUACUUGAAAUAAUAUUUCCAUUGACUUUGUUCUUCAUCCUUGUAAUUGUCCGACAGCGUCCUGAUCUCAAAACCAAUCAUGGCAAUUGUCACUUUGAGGGGAAGCCAAUGCCUAGUUCUGGAAAUUUACCUUGGCUGCAGGGACUGGUGUGUACUUACAACAACACAUGUUAUGACACUGUCACUGCUGAUGAAAUGGCAGGUCAACUGGAAACAUUCAACACCUCCCUAUUAACUGAGAUAGUAAGCGACUUGACUCGUAUAUUAGAAGAUCAGAAUGCGUUAAAUGUGUAUCAGGACAUUGUAUAUGACUACUAUAUACUGAGAGAGGUGAUCGGAGGUAUACAGAAUGGUACUACUACAGGUUCGCUGAGUCUUGGGAAUUUUGUGGGUAGCAGACAAAAUUUGACCGAUCAACUUCAACAGCAAAACAUUUCCUUGUCACCAGAUGUUAUUGAUAUGGUUCUCAACUCCUCCAUCAACCUCAACAGGUAUGAUCUCUCCACUGUCAAUGAAAUACUGACUGACUUCAGCACCUGUCAGCAGAGUCCUCUUGUGUCUUCAGCUGCUGAUUUCCGUACCCUACUGUGUAAUACAGGAAAUCUCUCUCAGCUGUUGGACUUCCAGAACCCAGGUGAUGCUGCAUAUGUUGCGAGCCAAAUCUGUGGCCUGGAUGCAAGUGAUUUUACAAUGGCUUUUGAAAUUCUUAGGAACCAGACUGACCCAAAUGGGGUGGUAAAUGAGAUUGACAACUUCAUCACUAAUACUACAGGAAGGACGCCAAGAACAAAUCCGGCCCAACUAAUCUCGAUCUUUGAGCAGAUUAGUAACACAAUUUCUGAUGUUACAAAUUUGAGGAACAAUGCAGUUAGCCUUGCUCCAAUCAUGGACCUGUUUCGGGAUAUUAGCAGUGCGAAUUUCUCCGUUUUAUCGGUGUCCUCUCUUGGAAGUAUGAUAUGUGGCAGGGAAGGCACAUUUUUUGGUGAAGCAUUAGAUGAUAACAGUCUGGGGAACCAAGAAAGACAGUCUAACCAGGGAGAUAAGCCAGAAAUAACCAGCAGGGCACCCACAGUCACUGCUAGUACUCCAUCACCGAGUGAUUCUGCCAGGAAUACACAAAACAGGUCUUAUACUUCUGAUUUAUGUCAGAGCCUUGAGUCGAAUAUUCCGUCUCAGUACAUCUGGAAACUGUUGAAGCCAAUUUUACAGGGAGAUAUUUUAUACUAUCCUGACACGCCUGAUAUACAGAUAAUCAUCAAAGAGACCAACAAGACUUUUGAAGACUUGGCUAGAUUCAGUGAAGCUGCGAUGGUGCUUGAUGCUGAUACACUAAUGCUGGAAUCUUCCUUAGAUAUGCUGACUAAUUUCACAGGAUCUUGCCUCUGUGAGUUACUGGAAAAUGCCACUGCUGGUUUGGACUUGGCUCAACUCAUCACAUCCGAGCUAUCCUUUGUGCCAAGCUUUCUGCGCAAUUUUGGGGUACAGGAGGUGGAGAGUUAUAUCAACAGUAACCAAUACUGGAUGAUGAUCAAGAGUUCAAAUGAGAGCUUUUGUAAAUAUCUAAACAAUUAUCUUGUCAACGGGCAAUUAGAAACCAACUUUGACCUUCGAAACACUUUAGGGAUGAUAGAGCAAGUAGCAGGGAUGAUAUCGGGAUACACACAGUGUAUUAAGUUUGAUAGAUUUCGUGGAUUCAACGACUACGAACAAUUUGUACAAGCCAGUAAGGCAGGUAUUGGAGCAGCCACAUUUUUCGGAGCCCUACAGUUUGAUGAAGUGAGGAUGGACACUAACAAAAGGCCAACUUUCGUCAACUACAGGAUACGUAUGGACCCUGAUAAAGUUGAUAGCACCAAGAGAGUCCAAGACAGAUACUGGCGUCCUGGUCCCAGACGUACACCAGGUAUUGAUACCAAGUACACGACGUUUGGUUUCUCUUAUAUCCAGGACAUGGUAGACCAUGCUAUCAUUCGUUUACAGACUGACACCAAGCAGGACACUGGCAUUGAGCUUCAGAUGUUUCCCUAUCCAUGUUACAUAGAGGACAAGUUUGUGUAUGCCAUCUCACGGUCGCUGCCACUGUUUCUGGUGCUAGCUUGGGUGCUAACUGUUGCCAUGAUUUGUAAGAAUGUGGUGUAUGAGAAGGAAAAGCGACUGAAGGAGGUGAUGAAGAUCAUGGGACUGGGUAACCUGGUUCACUGGAUUGCCUGGUUUAUCAACGCCUUUGUUGUCAUGUUUGUAACCAUUCUUCUCCUAGUCAUCCUUGUCAAGGGAGGAAAAGUGCUGGAGUUCUCCGACCCAUCUGUACUGAUAUUUUUCUUCACUGUGUUUGCCAUUUCUACCAUCAUACAAUGUUUCCUGAUCAGUGUGUUCUUCAGCCGAGCCAAUCUGGCUGCCUGUUGUGCAGGCUUCAUCUAUUUCUUGCUAUACCUGCCCUAUAACCUGUCUAUUCAGUGGGAGGAACAGAUGACUGGUGGUCACAAGUUCCUUGGGAGUCUGUCAUCAGGUGUAGCGUUUGGGUUUGGCUGUAGCUACAUUGCCCGCUAUGAAGAGCAGGCUAUAGGCAUCCAGUGGUACAAUCUGGCAGAAACUCCCUCUGUAGAUGAUGACUUCAACAUGCUUUACUGUAUCAUAAUGAUGUUGGUUGACUCUGUCCUGUAUGCCAUAGCUGUAUGGUACAUUGAAGCAGUGUUCCCGGGUGACUUUGGAAUUCCUCGCAAAUGGUACUUCCCCUUCCAGAAGUCAUACUGGUGUGGUACCCAGGGACAUGUGGUUGAUGGAAUGGCCUACACUAUUGGAGAAUCUACAUUGGAACUCAAUGGUUCAUCUGUAAGAACCAUGGAGAAAGAGCCUCAGCACAGACGUCUGGGCGUGGCCAUAAGGAACCUCAAGAAAGUUUACAGCCGGGGAAAGAAGGUGGCAGUAGAUGGACUGACAUUGAAUUUCUAUGAGGGUCAGAUUACCUCCUUCCUUGGCCAUAAUGGUGCAGGAAAAACCACUACCAUGUCGAUUUUGACCGGACUUUUCCCACCAACAGAAGGCACAGCCUUCAUUUAUGGGAAGGACAUUAGAACAGAAAUAGAUGAAAUCAGAAAGAGCAUUGGCAUGUGUCCCCAACACAAUGUUCUGUUUGACCAUUUAACAGUUGAAGAACACUUGUGGUUCUUUGCACGAAUGCGAGGAUUAAGCCCUGAGAAGGUGAAGAAAGAAAUGGAACAGAUGAUUAAAGAUGUAGGCCUACCACACAAACGAAAAGAACUCUCCAACAGCUUAUCAGGUGGUAUGAAGAGGAAGCUCUCAGUUGCCAUAGCAUUCUGUGGAAAUGCCAAAACUGUUAUCUUAGACGAACCAACAGCUGGAGUUGAUCCUUAUGCCAGACGGUCUAUUUGGGAACUCCUCUUCAAAGUUAAGAAAAACCGUACAAUUCUGCUGUCCACCCAUCACAUGGAUGAAGCUGAUGUCCUUGGAGACAGAAUAGCUAUCAUAUCACAGGGCAAGCUCUGCUGCUGUGGCUCCAGUCUCUUUCUCAAGUCCGUUUAUGGCAAUGGCUAUUAUCUCACCAUGGUGCAAUCUAAUGGAGAUGAUCAGGAUGAUGAUUCUGAUGAUUUAGAGGACAGAAAGGAUGCCAUUAAACCUUCAGGGAAGUAUGACAGAUUAAAUAGCUUCCAGAUGGAAGAGAGACCAAUGUCUGGUGGCAGUAUCAUCUCAGGCAACAGCACCAGGACUAUCAAGCAAGUCGAGCCUUCCAUGUCAGAGACUGCAGAUGAGGGUUAUGCUGAUAGUAACACAGAGAGAAGUGAUAGUGACCCCCCUACACCACCUCCAGAAUCAGCUACCAUGAUCCCAGGUUUUAGUGUAGAACGUGUGGCAGCAUUUGUGAGGAAGUAUGUAGCUAAGGCACGGCUUGUAGAAGAUAACAAUGCUGAGCUGACAUUCCAGCUCCCUGAGCAGGCAGCACAUGAAGGAAAGUUUCAGAAAAUGUUCAAAGCUCUGGAACAUUGUCACAAGGACCUUGGCAUCUCAAGCUUUGGUAUCUCUGACACAAGUCUUGAGGAGGUUUUCCUGAAAGUCACAGAGGAACAUUCAAAAGACGAUGAACUGGAUGAUGAGUUACUGAGAAACAAACAGGAAGAGACAACAGACAAGGGACGAAUUGCCAAGUCUGUUACACGCCUGAGCUUUAGAAGGAAGAAGAAGAAAUCCUUACUCAAGUCUUUAGCACAGGCAUCAAAACGAGGAAAAGUUAAGGUGGACACUGAUAAUCUUUUGUCUGACACAGUCACUUUUGCAGUUGGAAAAUUGCGAUCUGGAGAGUCUGUAGUGUCUGAGGCAGUGUCGGAGAAAGGUGAUGUUGGCUUUAACCAUAAACAGAUGUCAAAAAUUACCGGGAAAUGGCUGAUAGUACGACAGUUUAUAGCCCUCUUUAUUAAGAGGUUCCAUCGUGUGAGAAGGAGUAAGAAGGGUUUUCUGUGUGAGAUUGUACUUCCUGCCAUAUUUGUACUGAUGGCUAUGGUAUUUGCGGAGAUAGCUCCCCCACUGACUGAGGAACCUCCCCUGGAGUUGCACCCAUGGCACUAUAUCCCUAAACUGGGUGAAAAGAAGCUUUACAUGUUUUACAGUAUGGAUGGCCUUGGUCCAAAAGGAGAGAGAAACCUGGAGAUGCUUGUGAAGAAUCCUUGUGUUGGUAAUCGAUGCAUGAACCCCUCUAUUCAUACCAUACCUGAGUUCCCAUGUAGUGACGACUGGAGAAGCAAGGCUAUUAGACAGUGGUCCUCACCUACCACGACCAAGGGUAACAACAUUCAGUGUUCCUGUGACUCUGGCUGGCAGAGAUGUCCUGAUGGUGCUGGCGGUCCAGAACCACCCUAUGUGAAUCUACCAACUACAGAUACUCUGUACAACAUGACAGACCGUAGCAUUAGUGAUUGGCUCCUCAAAACUCACAAACGUUACAUAAAGAGAAGGUUCGGUGGGUUUUCCUUUGGAGAUGUAGAGCCUAUAGCUGUUGAGCUACAGAAAGCCCUACAGAACAUGUCACAAGUUUUCAAUACAACCUCAAAUGACUGGAACUGGGUUCGCGACCUCUUCUCCGCGGACGUCAACAAGGUAUGGUACAACAACAAGGGCUGGGCAGCCAUUGUAGCUUACACGAACGUAAUGAACAACUUGAUUCUACGGAGCAUGGCCCCCAAUACUUCAAAUCCAUCAGACUAUGGCAUUGUAACAUUUAACCAUCCUGUGGAAUACACAAAGUCUCAACUCACCACCAAACUACUGCGAGCCAGUGGCGUGGACCUAGUUAUAGCCAUCUGUAUGAUCUUCGCCAUGUCCUUCAUACCAGCAAGCUUUACUAUGGUACUGAUAGAGGAACGUGCAUCCAACUCAAAGCACCUGCAAUUUGUUAGUGGUGUGAACCCUACUGUGUAUUGGAUAUCUAACAGUGCUUGGGACAUGAUGAGCUAUUUUGUGUCCUGUGUGAUGAUGUUGUUUAUUUUCCUGGCAUUUGGACGAGAAGCAUAUGUUGGUCCAAUGAAUGGGCCCUGUCUGCUUGCUCUUCUUUUCUUCUAUGGGUGGGCAAUGAUCCCUUUGAUGCAUCCAUUCAGUCGCCUCUUUAGUAUUCCCAGUACUGCCAUGGUAACGCUGCAGUCUAUCAACAUCUUUAUUGGCACCACCACUACCAUGGCAACCUUCAUCCUGGAAUUCCUGGAACAGUCUGAUGAGGAGCUUAAAGACAUCAACAUCCUACUGAAGAAAGUGUUCCUGGUGUUCCCCCAGUAUUGCCUGGGGCGUGGUCUCAUGGAUAUGUCUACAAACCAACUGUAUGCAGAGGCUAAUGCAGAGUUUGGUUUCUCAUCUGGCGGGCCACCAAGUCCAUUUGAGUUUGACCAGGUGGGCAAGAAUCUUGUGGCUAUGUUCAUUGUUGGUGUAGUUUUCUUCACUUUUAAUGUACUGCUGGAGUACAACUUCUGUAUCAGUCGAGGGAAAAAGUGUUUCUGGCAGAGAAAGCCCACUCACGCCAGCUUGGAGGACGAAGAUCCUGAUGUAGCCAGAGAAAGGAAGCGUGUUAUGGAGAAAAGAAAUACUGACGAUGAUGUGUUGAGAUUAGAAGGGCUUACAAAGGUGUAUGGACUACGAGGUAAGAAAGGAAGAAAUACUGCCGUUGAUAACCUUUGUGUUGGAGUCCCAAAAGGACAGUGCUUUGGACUUUUGGGUGUCAAUGGAGCUGGCAAGACCACCACAUUUAAGAUGCUGACUGGUGAUGUCAGUGUUACCGAGGGAAACGCUUUUGUCAAUGGCAAAAGUAUUCUUACUGACAUGGUGAGUGUACACAGGAGCAUCGGAUACUGUCCACAAUUUGAUGCCUUCGACAAUCUUCUCACUGGCAGAGAAAUACUGUCAUUCUAUGCUAGACUCCGUGGUGUUCCUGAAAGGGACAUCAAAGAGGUCGCUGAGUGGGCAGUGAGAAGACUGAACCUGUCACAGUAUGCAGACAAAAUAUCAGAGGGUUACUCUGGAGGGAACAAGCGUAAACUGUCCACAGCUAUCUCACUUAUUGGGAACCCAUCCAUAAUAUUCCUUGAUGAACCAACGACUGGCAUGGAUCCUCGUGCUCGAAGGUUUUUGUGGAAUUGUAUCAACGCCAUUGUGAAAGAUGGCCGAUCAGUUAUACUUACUUCACACAGUAUGGAGGAGUGUGAGGCCCUCUGUAGUCGCUUAGGCAUUAUGGUCAAUGGAAGGUUUAUGUGUAUGGGCAGUACCCAGCAUCUCAAAAACAGGUUUGGCGAGGGAUACACAGUGAUAUUCCGAGUAGCAGGAGAGCGUCCUAAUCUUAAAGCAGUACACAGUUUCAUCAUGCACUCAUUUGAAGGCACAGAACUUAAAGAAAAACACUACAACAUGGUCCAAUACCAGCUCAAGAGUGAUGUCAAGCUUUCUGACUUGUUCAGACAAAUUGAGGCAGUUAAGGAGGAACUCAAUAUAGAAGACUAUUCUGUGUCCCAGACUACAAUGGAUCAGGUUUUCAUCAACUUUGCCAAACUGCAGACAGACUUGUUGGAUGAUGUACCAGAUCAAAACGCAAUGCAAAAAGAUAUUGAAGAAAUCCCUAUUGCUGGAGUAUCUGGUGAGACCAACGUGGAUGAGGAGAGCCUAGCGGGCAGUACUUUGGAUCUAAUCCCUGGCAGGAACAGAAGUGUAUCAGAUGCCGACUCGCGCCUUAACAUGAAAGAGAUUAACAGUCGGUUUGAUUAUACUGAUGAGGAGAGUUUGGCUGGCAGUACUGUUGAUCUCAUUCGACCCGGCAGUGCUCGCAGCAGUCAACGCAGCACACACAACCCUGAUUAUUUCCCGAAUGUGGAAAUAUUCUAGUUUUAUCGUUGUUGAUCGUGUUAUGUAUCCAAACAGACUGUAUAUUGGAGAUCAUGAUGAUAUUGAUUUAAUGUAUAUUUGUAUUUUAAUGUAUUGCUGAUUUCAGAACUUUAUAUGUCAGAUAUUUUUUAUCUCGGACCUCUUGUCACGGACUUUCGCUGUAUUUUUAAGUGCUAUAAUUGUGGAUCAAUGAUAUUUUUACUGUGAACAACAAAUAUAUAGUCUCAGUAUUUACAUAUUUAUCAAAGACAUCCAGUAAAUCCAUCUAUUACCUAGUAUAUGUGUUGUUGGCACAACAUUCUGUAGGUCUUACUUUUCCUGAUAUUAAAUAGAAAGAUGAUGCUGUGAUUUAAAUAAUGCUCAUUGUCCUGAGAUUUUAACAAAGCAAUUGCGAUGACAACUUAUGUAUCUAACACAAACUACAUACAUCUUGUAAGCAAUAUUAUUUUAAUUUUCUUGUAUCUCUAUAUUCAUCUGUCUUGAAGAGACCCCAUGAAAAGUGUUUGGUCAUCUUCUUCACUUUUUCACAUUUUAAAAUGCUCCAUAAAGUAUUUUUUACCUUUUACCUCAACAGUGCAUGUGCCUAGAGGCCAUUGUUCUAAAUAUGAACAAUAUUCUGUGAAUUACUCAAGACUUUAUCUUUUUUGAUAUUAAUAUAUUUAUGACAGUCGAGGAGUGCACUUAUUGAUAUUCUUAUAAUGUGUUUGUUGGCAAAACUAAAUCAACAUCUCAAGAAUGCAUACCUGUUGGCUAUUGUUUAAUGUACAGGUAAAAGGAAAUAAGAUAAAAUCAUGAAAAUAAAAGAAUAAUUCUUGAUUAUGCAGAAAGAGUUUUCCGUCCUGAUGAUUGAAUCAACUGCUGGACAGGUUAUAAUGAUUUUUAUCUACUGUUCAUUAAAUUGCAUUAUUUAAACAUUCAAUAUGUGUUAUUUGGUGGGUUGAACUAAGUAAUCAUGAUAUGAGUUAUUUUAAUACUUCUUUGUAUGAUGAUUGAUUAAACAUGGCUCUAUCGGGUGGUUAUUGAUUAAACAUGACUCAAUCGAGUGAUUAUUGAUUAAACACGACUCAAUCGAGUGAUUAUUGAUUAAACAUGACUCAAUCGAGUGAUUAUUGAUUAAACAUGGCUCUAUCGGGUGGUUAUUGAUUAAACAUGGCUCUAUCGGGUGGUUAUUGAUUAAACAUGGCUCUAUCGGGUGGUUAUUGAUUAAACAUGGCUCUAUCGGGUGGUUAUUGAUUAAACAUGGCUCUAUCGGGUGGUUAUUGAUUAAACAUGGCUCUAUCGGGUGGUUAUUGAUUAAACAUGGCUCUAUCGGGUGGUUAUUGAUUAAACAUGGCUCUAUCGGGUGGUUAUUGAUUAAACAUGACUCAAUCGAAUGAUUAUUGAUUAAACAUGGCUCUAUCGGGUGGUUAUUGAUUAAACAUGGCUCUAUCGGGUGGUUAUUGAUUAAACAUGGCUCUAUCGGGUGGUUAUUGAUUAAACAUGACUCAAUCGAGUGAUUAUUGAUUAAACAUGACUCACUCGAGUGAUGAUUGAUUAAACAUGACUCAAUCGAGUGAUUAUUGAUUAAA